AUGUCGCAUCAAGAUCCACCUGAAGAAAAGUUCAGCCCAGCACCACCGACAUUGGAAACCAGCGACUACGUUGUGUUCCGUGGAAAUGACUCCCUAGUUGUGCUGUCUGAGCAGGCUCAAGGUGUUAUGUUAGGCGGGACGUUUGCUACGAAAUACAAGAAUGUUUUUAUCUACGCCGACACUGUUAAAUUAUCUAGUGAAAUCAUUCGGGUCGCGGGACUUCACUUGCGAAUUUUGUGUAGGAGGCUCAAGUUGACGGAAGACAAAGUCUGUAUCGAUGUCUCCGGCAACAAUGGCGAGGCUGGAACCACCGAGGCGAAAAGAGAUAAAGGGAAACCUGGGGGCGCGGGUGGGUCGAUCUGUCUCUGUGUUCAAGAACCAGACCCCGGUAUUUCCUCCAGAUUGACAUUGAACUGUUCUGGUGGUGAUGGCGGAAGAGGUGUCUCUCGUGAGAACGGAACAGACAAAGGUGGUGAUGGCGGUGACGGUGGGGAAUGUGGUAAGCUUUUAAUCUCAACCUUUUGAGGAAACACGCUCACAGAGUAUUAGGCAAAAUACUGUGCUUUGUUAACUUCACACCUAUUGGAUACGGGAAAUCAAUGUACAGAACCAACUCCAAUACAGCGUUAAAGUGGCCGGAUCGGGUAACGGAAUUUGCAAAAACGAUUGAAUCGCAAUGUGCUCUUCUAAAGGCUUGGCGGUUUGAUGAGAAGGCUGCGGACGGCUGGGAAUCUUCUAUCACUCAACAUCUGGCUCUUGUUACACAGAUGUUUGCAAGACAUAUGGGGGUAAGCCAAAACUGAUCCAAGCUUGAUGAUAGGUCGCAGCUAAUGAUUCACAGGUCGAGGCGGAGCUGGAGGAUUGGGGGCUAAUCUGGAGAUUGCACACGGUGAACGAGGUAAAGAUCAACCGGUAG